AUGGCACACAAGACCGACAUGUACUUUGGGCCUCACAACUCCUCAAUGCAUCAAUUGAUGGAAAUUCCCGUGGAUUGCGACUGUCGAACUAUACCACUCAUACAGCAUCCACGACUUGUUGCCGAUGGAGCUCACACUAUGUGGCCUGCACCAUUUGGUAAACCCAAAAAAGUCAGCACUGAGUCAUCAAAGAAACUUUCUGCUUUUCCUGUUUUGCAUCAUCAAUUGAUGGAAAUUCCCGUGGAUUGCGACUGUCGAACUAUACCGCUCAUACAGCAUCCACGACUUGUUGCCGAUGGAGCUCACACUAUGUGGCCUGCACCAUUUGGAAAACCCAAAAAAGCCUCAAAAACGUGUAGGAAUGUUACCCCAGCCAAGAUAGACAAAUGUAGUCGCUACCUCUUCCCAUUGUUGUUUUUUGGAUUUAAUAUAUUAUACUGGACGAUAAUGACAGUUCUGAGUUCGAUGUCAGAGAAUCUCAGCAAAGAUGAGUGGGUGCCGAUCGCUGUCGAGGACUAA